AUGAACGUGAGCCGGCCUGCGGUGCACCCGGUGGAAGUCCCGCCUCUAAUGGAUGGCAAUCCGGAAAACCUGCAGAGGUUGAGGAUGAAGGACAUCCAAGGCAUGCCCGGGACUCCCGGUGGGCUCACCCUGCGGCUCCUCCAGUUUGCGUCUGGGGUGGCCGCGCUCUGCGUCAUGGUGUCCACCAGCGACUUCACCUCCGUAACCGCCUUCUGGUAAUUUGUUUCUGUUUUUUGCCUUGGACUUUCAUCUUUGCUGCAUAGCACUUAGAUCAUGCUCACGUGUUGUUGAAAUCGAAACUUUGCGUGCUAAGGAUAAUUGAUCCGUGUUCGACUACAUUGCUAUGGGCAUCAAAUGUUGCAUGGGUUUCAAGCGAAACAUGGAACAUUUAUGUCUUUGAUCAUGGACCAGUGAACAUACGGCUAUCGAGUCUAACACGUUUUUGUAGAUUGAUGCUCUCAUUAUCUUGGUUUGACGAUUCCUUAGCUUUGAAGGUCAAGAGGGUUAUCAUAAUAGCGGUACUCCUCAAAUUCUUGGGUCAAUGCUCGUGCGUAAAACCACGGCUCAGAUAUGGAAAUGUCUUUGACAUAUGGCUCUAAAGCCAUUGCACUAAUUAUCUGAUCAACAACUAGUUUUUUCAGACAUGUCAAUCAUUUAAUGUGGUAACCAUCCAGGGGACCGUGUUUAAGUUGCAUCGAGCAGAAAUAGUAAACCACGUAAAACUUAUCCGAGUUUGCUGCAUAAUGUCAAGAUAGAGUAUCAUAAGUGGAUACCUAGCUUUUAUUUAUUGCCACAAUGGCUUGAAUCUCCGUUUUUCAAGAGCCUGGUGAGCAAUGUGCUUUAAAGGUGGGGCUAAUUAGUGCAAUAAGAUUGAAUGAAAGUUUUCUAGUAACACAGUUGAAAGGAAGGCGAUCAAUUUGAUAACACAAGAAAUAUUUCCUUUCAAAGCGUCGAUUUAGGGAUACUUCCAUAGAGUCUAGUGCAACUUGAAACACUGAAUUUAUCAGAGUAGCAUGGCCACCAAAGAGAAUGUCUUGGUUGACUUCUGCACCGAAAAUGCCGAUGCGUCUUUGGGCUGAAAUUGCAGAGUGCAUACUCAACGGAUAGGUGUCUGCCCCACUUUCACCUGAUGGCCCUUUCUGAGGAGAUAACUUAAAAUUGAAACUGAGUGGUAUUUUACGUCGCUAAGGUUAUUGUGGAGCUCCAUGAAACGAUGGUGAGUGGACUUUAUGCUGAAAUUAGUAGAUUAAUCUUAAGAUGAGGGUAAACGAUACGUUAUUUACCUAGAUGUGUUUUAGAAUCUGUUAGCAAUGCUUGACGAGGGCUACAUCGUUUUACGUCACUUGCAACUUUUCUGUCAAUUUUUGAAAAUCUUAGUUUUGUGUACGUUUUGCCUGAUUAUUCUGGUUUAUUAUCAUCUGGAGAAACUGAAUACCUGCUGUAUGUUAAUAUUUCUCAUGUUUGGGCACAGCUAUCUUGUAGCAGCGGUUGUUCUUCAAAGUUCAUGGAGUCUAUCUCUUGCCUUUGUGGAUAUCUAUGCGCUUCUUGUUAGGCGCAGUUUGCGGAACCCUCAUGUUGUAUGUUUCUUCACAGUUGGUGAUGGGGUAAGCAACUGUCUUAGUCGGAGCACCUGCCGGAAAAAUAAUUGAUUUUUGGAGUCUAGCCAUGAUAAUUAUUCCAUCUAUUAUGUUACACCAGGCCUGCCUCACCUUGAGAAACGAUGUCGUCCCACCUGUGGUAGUUUGGAUGGGUUAUGGGUUGUGUGUGUGUGCCUUCUAGUACCCUGUUUAACUGACAACGGUGGGCGAUGUUUACUCGUGAUUAUAAAACUCUUUCACACUCAUGCGGCCACCCAAUUUACCCUGGGUGUUGGUCAUUGUAUGUUUGUUCAUAAUGCCUACAUCUAUGCUUAAGCCAACUUGAAAAAUACCUGGUAAUGGUCGGUCAUCUCGUUCGAGGGCAUCAUAGAAGAAGUAGACUGCAGUAAAAUUCUUUCCAGUGUGGGUCGUAGAUCUUUAUUUGUACCAAAACGAGGUCAUCGUGUUUGUGGUGCAGAUCACGUCGACCCUGACUUUUGCUGCUGCUUGUUCAUCCGCGGGCAUCACUGUGCUGAUCGACAACGACCUCAAUAAUUGUGCGCAGAAUCAUUGUACGAGGUUCGAGACGGCAACAGCAAUGGCUUUCUUGAGCUGGUUUGCUAUCUCCCCUUCAUAUCUCUUGAAUUUCUGGACAAUGGCAUCGUCCAGGUGA